UGUAUCUCUUUUUCCAGGUUUCGCUCUCUCUCUCUCUCUGUUCACAUUCCCCACACUCGGCGUCGUCAGUCUUCAUCUUCUUCUUCAUCUUGUUCUUCUACUGUCUCACUCUCUCAUCUGGUCAUCAUCGUAUCGUGUUCAUUUGGUGAAACUAUGGAGUGUGGAUCUUGUAUUUCUUCUUCUGGUUAAAAAAUAGGGAUAUUUUGAUUUCUGAGAUUGAACUGUUAACUUCAAACAUUAGGGAUUUGAACUGGGAUGUCGGAUAAAGAAGGUUCUAUCUCGGGAGAGGUUAGUAACGUUGCCUCUCAGGAGCCUUGCCAUCUGCCAGAGACCCGAAGGAUGUUUUGGCGUUCAGCAUCUUGGUCAUCUUCUAGGUCUAUGUUGCCGCCAUUGAAUACCGACUGCGAUAAGGAUAUUGGAGAUCCUAAUGGGAGUAAUGGAGGUCAAGUCAGGCGUUUGCCCUUAACCCCAAGAUCCAAGGGUAGGUCAUGCUUGCCACCUCUUCAGCCGUUGUCAAUAUCUCGUCGAAGUUUAGACGAGUGGCCUAAGGCAGGUUCUGAUGAUGUUGGAGAAUGGCCGGUUCCUACAACGCCGAGUGGGAGGACGACUGGAGAGAGAUUGAAGCUUGACUUGUCAACUAUCCAGAGAAGCUCGGACAAGAACGGAGGACUUGUGAAGAGAGAAAAAAUUGCGUUUUUCGACAAGGAGUGCUCCAAGGUUGCGGACCAUGUAUAUCUCGGUGGCGAUGCAGUUGCAAAAGAUAAGGAUAUACUUAAAAAGAAUGGGAUCACCCAUAUUCUAAAUUGUGUAGGGUUCGCCUGCCCCGAGUAUUUCAAGGCUAAUUUCACGUAUAGAACCUUGUGGCUGCAAGAUAGUCCCUCUGAAGAUAUUACUAGUAUAUUGUAUGAUGUAUUUGAUUACUUUGAAGAUGUCAGGGAGCUAGGAGGAAAGGUUUUUGUUCAUUGCUGUCAGGGGGUAUCAAGGUCCACAUCUUUGGUAAUUGCGUAUCUUAUGUGGAGAGAAGGGCAAAGCUUUGAUGAUGCAUUUCAAUAUGUGAAAGCAGCUCGAGGUAUUGCUGAUCCAAACAUGGGAUUUGCUUGCCAGUUGCUACAGUGUCAGAAACGGGUCCAUGCUAUUCCUCUCAGCCCAAGUUCCCUUCUGAGGCUGUAUAGAAUUGCCCCACAUUCACCAUAUGAUCCUUUGCAUCUUGUCCCUAAACUUCUCAAUGACCCUACACCAUCUGCAUUAGAUUCUAGAGGUGCAUUUAUUAUUCAUGUUCCAUCUGCUAUCUAUGUUUGGAUUGGUGAUAAAUGUGAAACCAUCCUGGAAAGGGAUGCCAGGGGAGCUGUUUGCCAAAUUGUUCGAUACGAAAAAGUUCAGGGACCUGUACAAAUGAUUAAGGAAGGGGAAGAACCUCCAUACUUUUGGGAUGCCUUUUCAAGUCUUUUACCCAUGAUGAACAAGUCCUGCAAUGGAGAUGACAUCAAAUCAAAAAGUAAAAUUUGUCCUGGAGAGAGGAAAGUGGAUUCCUACGAUUUGGACUUUGAGAUAUUUCGCAAGGCAAUUAUGGGGGGUUUUGUUCCUCCUUUUUCUUCAUAUGAAACAGAAGGGGAAACUCAUCUUCCUGCAAGGGAAAACAGCUGGAGCACACUAAGGAGGAGGUUUGCUUUUGGAAAUAUGAAGGACUUUGUCUCAGCCUCGAAGUUAUCUGUCUUGAGAAUUUACCCAGAAGCUAUCACAACAGCUGGUGUAGAUAAUUCAACAGCAAAAUCAGCGUCUUCUUCUGCACAUGAAUCACCUUCAUCUAUAUCAUUGUCAUCAUCUAGCUCAUCCACAUCCUCCUCCUCCCCAUACCUUUCUCCAGACUCCAUCUCUUCUGAUUCAAGUGUUAGUUCAAAGUCUCUAAUGAAUUCCCCUGCUAUGUCUACAACAACACUGCCUUGCUCUAGUCCCCAAUUUUCAAUCUUACCUGGUUUGUCUAAUUUGUCCCUCGCCUCUUCCAAAAUCUCCCCAAAAUCUAUAACUAAGACUUCAGACUUCAUUGAUGUUAACUUUAUGUCAGUCCCUCGCUCACACUCAAUAUCCUCAUCAACUAAAAGGUCUCCACUGUCCAUUGCGCAGCGUAGGGGUAGCUUAUCAAAAUGUCUCACUCUGCCAACCCGACCUGAAGACAUUGUAAACAAUAAUUUUGGUUCCAGUUUUCUUUCCAGUGAAGAAGACUCUGUCAACGAAAUUGGCUCUGAUUGCACUUAUAGUUUUGAGAUUCAUAAAACAGAAAAUCACAUGUCCAAAGGCGAAUUGUGCUUAAGUGAAAGCUUCAAGUUAGACGGAGACACAGGUAAAAUAUGUGGCGUUCAUCCAUGUGAUGAGCCAAAAUUAGUGAGUGAAAACAGUGAUGGUGGAUGCAGAGACAUUCCUCUGAGAAAUUUUUCAAUAGGAUCUAACGAAACAAUGGCCAAUAGUUUAGCAAUUUGUAAUGCAAUGCAUGUAAGUGCAUACCGUUGGCCCAACUUGGAGAAGAUUGUGGGAUUUAGGGCUGGUUGUUUGGAUUCUGACUCGUUGUUCGUUUUCAUUUGGUUGAGCUCGAGUUCAUCAGUAACAGAUGAUAGGAUUGUGUAUAUCUGGAUAGGGAGAUCUUUUGACUAUAGUAAAUACGAGGUCCAAUUAGGUAGCAACAGAGAGUUCACUGACAUAAAUGAGUUUGACUUGAAGCAAGUUGCUUCUCAUGUUCUGACCCAACUGGGUCUGCCAGAAGAUACACAGAUUCAGAUGGUUAAGCAAGAUGAAGAACCUGAGAAUUUCACCGCCAUGCUAAGUUUGUUGUAGAUGAAGUCAUGAAGAGUGGAUUCACUUGUAACUCGGAUUUCCCCAAUUCUUUAGCAUGCAAAAGUUUCCUGCCGAGAACUGUUAUUGAGGAGGAUGUCUUCGCAUGCUGCUGAUGAGGUGGCAAUUAUGAAGUUGUAUAGAACAAUGACACCUUUUGUUUUUUUUGUAACAUUGAAGAAACUGACUCAAAACAAAACUCUUUGUACAUCUUCCAUGAUUAGAUGUCAGAACUGUAUACCAAAGCAACCUUACUUUGUCUCUGUCUUGUUUCUUGAUUUCAUUUCGUUUAGAGCAAUUUGUAAUCUCAAUUUCAUGUGCA